GAGACAGGAGCGAGUGCGGCACGAAGGGAACAGGCGCACAGGACUUUCUAUCGGGACUUUAAGGAGUCUCAACCAACGAAGGAGACUAUUCGAAAGGAUUACACCAACGAAGCCCUACGAGGAGCUUUUAACCGAAAUAUAUCUGGUAGUCAUGACUCUGAACAAAGAGGACAAACUGCGGAACAUGGACAAGAGGCGAGGAAGUAUGCCGUUUCCCGUCCACCUGCAGAACCUCCACAGAAGAAGCAUGCCCGUCGACGACCGCGAGCUCCACUCCACGGCGCAGACCGCAGACCUGUCCAACCUGACGCGCUGCACGUCCUACACCCCGGGUGAACAGCACCGAGACAGCUGCGUUUCGGACUCGUCCGACUCCGUCAUCUCAUCCGGUAGCGACGCCGAGGGCCACGUUUACAAGGUGGUUCUCCUCGGGGAACACGGAGUGGGAAAGUCCAGCCUGGCGCGGAUAUUCGGCGGAGUUGAAGACGGCCACGAUUGCGACGAAGCAGGAAACACGUAUGACAGAUCUAUCAUUGUUGAUGACGAAGAGGCUUCUAUCCUCCUGUACGACAUAUGGGAACAGGACAACAGCCAGUGGCUGAAGGAGCAGAGCAUGCGGAUGGGCGACGCCUACAUCAUCGUGUACUCGGUGACGGACAAGGCCAGCUUCGAGAAGGCGUCCGAGCUCCGCAUCCAGCUUCGCAGGGCCCGCCAGUCGGAGAACAUUCCCAUCAUCCUCGUGGGCAACAAGAGUGACCUGGUGCGGUCCAGGGAGGUCUCCGUGGACGAGGGCAGUGCCUGCGCCGUGGUCUUCGACUGCAAGUUCAUCGAGACCUCGGCCUCCCUGCACCACAACGUGCGGGAGCUCUUCGAGGGCAUCGUGAGGCAGAUCCGCCUCCGCAAGGACAGCAAGGAGGAGAACGCCCGCCGCCUGGCCAACAGCAAGCGGCGCGAGAGCAUCGGCAAGAAGGCCAAGCGCUUCCUGGGCCGCAUGGUGGCCAGGAAGAACAAGAAGAUGGCCUUCAGACAGAAGUCCAAGUCCUGCCACGACCUCUCGGUCCUCUGAGACCCUCCAGGCGGCCGCUUGCUGCUGCCCCAAGACCAGACGCUGUGUGUCACAUGCGUGCAUUUUCGACACCAACCCACGGACUGACAGAUUUGUACAUAUAUGCAUAUAUGAUCUUCUUUUUUAAUGGUAAAUUAAGAUGAUUAUAUGAGAAGAAAAGCUGAAAGGACAGAUUGAUGGUGAUAAAUCUGCAUGUAGCUCUCUAAGUUUUUGUUUUAUGGUUUAUCUUUAAAAAAAAAUUCUGCCUUAAAAGUACCGCUGUUGAAUCCUACCUGUGUACGUAGGCAAUUACAUAACAAAGGGUUUGUCCUAACGGCAAGCUGAGCUUGCUGUAGGGCUGUCGGUGGAGACAGUAUGUAUAGGCAUUGUGCUACAAGACUGUAUUUAAUGGCAUGGCUAUUGUGCGCAAUGACGACAGACAGAGAGAAUAGCUGUUCUAGGGGAUUUUGCUAAGUGGAAGGAAGGGAAUGUUUCUGCAAGCAUUGUAAGCAAUUUCACCAUCAAUCUGACAUUUUGGAAUCAUACUGUAUUUACUUGAAACUAAGUGCGCAGGUUCGUACUUGGGCUGAACAGUGUGGGUGGUUAGGGGAGGGGGGAAAGGGGAGUCCAGAUGAAAUACAUAUUCUUAUAUUGUGCUGAUAUUCAAACUGCCGGUGUGACUGAGUGAAUGAAAGGAUUGAUGAAUGAAUAAA